AACAUCAUUUCAAGACUGCCAAAGGAUCAAAGUUGAGAUUUUGCAAAUAUUCUUCUCUUGGUGGAAAGAAAUAUGUGUACUUUGAUAUGUACUGUAGUUAUUUCAAGUAUAUUAACUUGUUCUCAUCCUGCUGUGCACGCGCGACUUGUAAAAGUUGGGGCCAUAUUUGAGAAUGAAAGAUUAGUUAAAUCUUUCCUUGUUGCCAUUGAUAACGUGAACAAGGAUCCCAACGUUCUUCCCGGAAUAGAGCUGGAGACUAUUAUUAACAUGACCAAACCACUGGAUGCCUUCGAUAAUUUAAAAGCAGCUCAAUACCUUAUCCAACAUGGUGUCGUGGCCAUUAUCGGUCCAAUGAGGUCAUCAGAUGUGAAAUAUACGCAGCCGUAUUUUUCCGGCUUUCAUAUUCCACAAUUCGCUCCGGUGGCAACAGAUCCGACUUUUGCCUUCACGCCAGCCAACUUUCCUUACCUCGUGCGAAUGAGUCCGAGUGAUACCAUUCAAUGCCAAGCUUUGGCAGGAAUUAUGAAGCAUUACAACUGGAGCCAGUUCGCUUUACUUGUCUCUAAGGAUGACUACGGUAUUAAUGGCGUCUUAGCUCUGAAGGAUGAAGCAUAUAAACGAGGAUGGAUAGUCGUGGCGCAUGAGCAUUUUGAGCCUGUCUCAGAUCCUAAUUCACUUGACGUUAGAAAGCAGCUUAAAUGGAUCCGUCAAACUGGCACAAGAAUCGUGGUUUUGAAUUGUUAUCUGAGAUACUCAAGACAGAUUCUGAAACAAGCCGGUGACUUAGGAAUGACAACUGAUUGGGCCUGGAUCAUAACAGAUGCGCAAACAGGACGGGACUGGCAGACCCUUGGUGACGAUUUCGUAUUAAAUCAGUUUUAUGGAGUCAUUGGAACACGGUUAGCCUUUGGUGAGGGUUCCCGAUACAAGGAAGUUGCCAGGGAAUGGAAGAGUCAUAAAGACGGUGAACUUGAUGUUGUCACUGGAAAGUGCUAUGAUUCCGUUCUUGCACUUGCAUCUGCCCUUCAUUACAUGAUUUUAGAUGGCUAUGACGUCGGUGGGGAAAAGUUAAAAUUUGACUUUAGCAUUGGCACAGUCAAACCUUGGAAAAAUGGAGCAGAAUUAAUGAAGUACAUAAAAAAGGUCCGUACGAGUGGUAUUAUGAAUGACUUGGAAUUUGGCGGAGACGGUUCACCAACUUUUCAGGAAUUUGACAUUGUCAAUUUAGGAAGAACUGGUUUCGUGAAGGUCGGCAAAUGGACGCCAUCGCAAGGAGUUGUCAUGUUUCCAGAAAAACCAGUACUCUGGCUUUCCCAAUCAUUGCAGGCCCCAAGUGAUCGGGCAGAUACAGUAGAAAACAUCAGCAUUCGAGUUGUCACCGUAAUACAACCACCUUUCAUAAAGGAGCAAGUUACUAAGAAAGGAGAGAUAAUUUAUACAGGAUUUUGUAUGGAGCUUCUCAAAAGACUUCAGCAAGACAUGAAGUUCCAAUACAGAAUAGAGGUUUUACCUAGCAACCAGUAUGGUUCAUGGGAUUUUUUCAGUCAGAAGUGGAAUGGGAUGAUCGAACAUUUAAUUGAAAGAAAAGCAGAUCUGGCGAUUGGUCCUUUAUCUGUCAGCUCACAACGGCAAACAGCCGUGGAUUUUACUCAACCAUUCAUGCAUCUUGGCCUCUCAAUUCUCAUCGAAAACAAAGUCAACGAGGACUACAAGAUUUUCUCUUUUCUAAAACCUUUUAAUACAUCCCUCUGGUUGGCCAUUGUCGCUGGCACUAUUCUUAUUGGUUUCUUCCUGUGGCUGCAUGCCACAUUCAGUCCACGUGGUUAUCACGGGAGAAUCGCCCAGUCACGUGACCAAAACAGCGUAAGGGAUGAUCACUGGAGCACGAAGGACUGUCUUCGGCUGUUUGAGUCCGCGUGGUCAUCGUUUUCGUACACGGUUGGUCAAGGAGCUGACGUAACACAUCCACAGUCUACGUCUGGGAGGGUUGUCAUCGCCUUCUGGUGGUUUGCCAUGUUGAUAAUAAGUGCGUCUUACACUGCCAAUUUGGCCAGUUUUUUAGUCACGGAUGUUUUUGAGACACCAAUCAACAGCCUUGAAGAUUUGGCUUCCCAGACGAAAAUCAAGUAUGGCUGCGUUAAGGACAGUCACACUAUGGCAUUCUUUCAAAUGUCACGCGUUCCAACCUAUGCGAAGAUGUGGGCAUUUAUGAGACGUCACGACACCUUGGUGGAAAACGUGAAUGACGGUAUAAGUAGAGCGAGACAGGGUGGAUUUGCUUUCAUUAGUGAGUCAGCUGUAUUGGAUUAUUACACAGGACAAAGGCCCUGCAACACAUUGACAACAAUUGGAAGAGUUUUCGGCAAGUUCGGCUAUGGCUUUGCGCUUCCAAAGAACUCCCCUUUCACGCAUCAGUUCAGUGUAAAAAUCCUCGAUUUACGGCAGAAAGGAUUUCUGAAACUCUUGAGGGAAAGGUGGCUUCAUGGAGUGUGUGAGACAAUUUUGCAAGAAUCAUCAGACACUUCCUUCACGGGAGACGUUUUGGUAUUUAAUGACAUGGCUGGUGCAUUUUAUGCUGUCUUCUUUGGUCUGGCUCUCAGCUUGAUUACUCUUCUGGUUGAAUUGGCCUGGGCAGCGUACAAAGAUCGAAAACGAGGCCAGACUUUCAGCCUUCUGCAACGUUUUAAGGACAGAGUGGUAAGGUCUUGGAAAAGCAAACGAGGCAAAUCUCUCAAUCGCUACAAGUAUCAUUCUAAAGCUGAUGCCAACUGGAGUAUUGCUCUUCAACAGCUACGGACACUACUGCCUAAAAACAAAGAUGUAGAGGACAAGCCCAAAAUAGGAAAUGAAGAUGAAUCUCAGCGUAAAAGUGGUUUACAUCAUCAUCAUGCAACAGAACAUGUUAACCAACAUAACAGCAAACCGUCCGCCUAUAUCUAAUGCACAUGUCGUGCUAGAGAACGCUCAAAACUAAAUAAGCGAUUUUUUUCUUAUUUCGUAUCACAUGCGGCAGGAUAAAAAGCCAUCUUGAUUUGGUUUUAGUAUUUUGCACUGGCACUGGGAUUGUUAUAAGCGACGUCUUUUAAAGUCAUCGUCACUUUCAUUAUUCUGAAAGCUAUUACUAAAUGCUACUCAUUUUUUUCUUUAUGGUCUUACCUGAACUUUUUUCUCUCUUGCUAUAUUCAGUAUAUUCAGUAUGAUACCAUUCAACUUCCUGGCCCAAUGUUUUUCAAUAAAAUGCUUUUUGGUUGAAAAACCGCAAAGCAAUACUCUUGAUUUGCUAAGUUUUACAUAGUUCGACAAACUAAAUGCAAAUUAUCAAUAACUUCAUGUUGCAAAGUCAUCAAU